UUUGACCGUAUCACCCUUUACAAUGGAGAACUGAUAAGCCUGGAUUACGCCAAAAUCAAACCUGAAUCAACAUCUUUCUGUGAAUAUUGGGAACCAAUCGAACUCGCAGUUUUGGAGCACCAUUCGGAUCAGUUCAAAGAAAUACAAAAUGAUUUCGUUCGAGCGUUGUCGAUAAUUCGGUCAAAAAAUCCGUCAAGAGGAUCAAAGCGAAAGCAAGAUACUACAAGCAAGAAUAACAUGAAGAAUAACCCGCUAUCGGGCAUCAUAGAGUGGAUACAGAUGGACGAUGACCCUCCGCAAACUGCAUCGAUGAUUCCUGUUUUGUACGUAAGAGGAGAGCCGUUGAAAAACAGCGAAGAUUGCGUUAUUCGCUGGAGCGAAUGGUCCAUUCCGGUUCUGGCAGAAUUGAAACUUGCGUUCAACAUACUUCUUGAGACAUUUACUGUGCUCAAUGUCCAACCAGCUCCAACUGACAGGCAGUUUUUUCUUUUUCUUCGCGGGGCUGUUUUGCAUACUGCUACUCUGAGCACCACGGGAGCUAAAUUUUUGCAUUCUCUUUAAUCAUUUAUCCAACGAUUUUCUACAU